AUGUAUCUGAGCUUUGUUCAUGAAGAGUAUAACCAAAGGAGGGCCGAAAAAUGUGAAGUGUACUUCCUAAAGAUGGCACACGAAAGUGAAAAAUGCUAUCAACGUGAACAAUAUUUCCGUGCUAUGUCGCAGGGUACGGCUCAGGCUAGUCAAUCAGGUAAUCAGCUGUACUUUCCACCCAAUACUACUCAACAAUCAGCCGUUCCAGUGAAUAGGCCAAGUACGUUUGUUGAGAGGGAGUCCUUAUUAUCAGCCUGUGCAUUCCAUGCCACAGACACAGACGACGCAGAUACCAUAUGCCCAAUCGAUGUCUAUUCUAAUGGAACAUCAUGUGCAGAAUUCAGCUUAUGUGACUAUGCCUCAACAGCCGUUCCGAUGAACAGGCCAAGUACGUUUGUUGAGGGUAGUCAUUUUCAUCAACCUGUGCAUACCAUGCCUCAGGCACAAACAGUGCAGGUGCCACCUGUACAAUCAAUGUCCAUUCCAGUGACCCAGCAAGUGCAGAAUUCAGCUUAUGCACAGACAGUGCAAGUGCCACCUGUACAAUCAAUGUCCAUUCCAGUGACCCAGCAAGUACAGAAUUCAGCUUAUAAUGUUCAGCCACCUCCUACUAUUCUUCAAAGACCACCUCAAAUUUUUCAUGUGGCAGUUGGGGGGCAGAACGUACCAAGGGAGCUUCCUGAAGAAGGAGGUAAUAGAGAUCGCUUGAGGAAUAACCCAGACCCAAACCCAAUUCCAGUGGUGUUUGGGGGGCAUCCAAUGGCCUAUUUACCCAAAGGUUGGCCAGAAACUAUAAAUUCAUUACCCCAACCUAAGGUGCAGAACCCUUUAGCAACAACGAAGUCAAUUCCACCACCACUUCCAUCGCAGAUGCAGGUUCCACCUAAGGUACAUAAUCCUUCAGCAACAGUGAAGUCGAUUCCACCGCCACUUCCAUUGCAAAAGCAGGUUCCACCUAAGGUGCAGAACCCUUCAGCAAUAAUGAAAUCAAUUCCACUAGCAAUACCUCAAUCACUUCCAUUGCAGAUGCAGGUUCCACCUAAGGUGCAAAACCCUUCAGCAACAGGGAAGUCGAUUCCACUGGCAGUAGCUCAACCACUUCCAUCGCAGGUGUAUGUUCCAACUGAGGUGCAAAACUUUCCACCAGCUGUAGCUUAA